CCCUGUUAGUCGCGUAUACUCGACGGUCGUGUAUUAUACAUAGUAGGUAGGUAUAAUUUAUACUCAAAUCAUGCUAAUCGGUACUUUUAAGACUUAACUAAGUCCUAUUAGUACUAUUGACGAAUUCAAAGCUCUUCCCCUUUCCAAUUCAAGGAGGCCUUGUAAUACACACACAAUGGCACACCUAGCGCCCUCCUCGCAGGCGGCCAUCUUCUCACCUUCCGUCGCCCGCGCCGCCGCCUCCACCGCCAAAGACUGGUCGUACGUUGACAGCUGGCUACGGAACAAGUACGCCAGCUCCUCCACCAACCGCGGGCGGCCCCCGUCAUUUGAACGGAACCCAGAAACCCUCAAAGUCUUGCUCGCGCUAGCCGCCGCGAACGAGGCCGCCGAUGAAGACCGCGAGCAGUUAGCCCGUCUCGAGGAGGCCGCCUUAGCCGAAGUCGAGGCUAGCGAGCGGGAACUAGAGGUUCGGCGGCAAAAGUCGGACCAGCACCCAAGCGACACCAUCGAUGGCGAACUAUUCGCCGCGGACCUUCUAGAAGCCAUCGAAUCCAACCUCGGCAGGGAAGGUACCGUAGCUCUCGAUGCUAUGUCUAACAUGGCCGUUGACCUAGGCGUCGCGUACCCGACACCCGAGAUGUUGGGGGCCAAAUACGUCGAGCUACAAGGACGUGCGCUAGAGCUAGAAGACAGUCUCGAGCGCGUGAACCUACUGCAGCGGUAUCUAGACCACGAGGCCGCGCAGACGGAUUCCUUCCUCGAGGAGCUACGGCGCGGGAACGCCUAUCAGCCCGCGCCAGAUCUCGCCAAGCAGAACCUCGAGCUCCAGCGCAAGAUAAAAAAUAUCACCGGUAAACUGCCUGAGCUGAAGCAGCAGGUCGUUGCCCUCGAGAAGUCAGUCGGGCUGCCGAGCCUUACAGUUGAGAAUGUGAAGGGGGACGAAGGGGCCUAUCUCGAAUUGCUAGCUAGGAAGAAGGAUCUCGAUGUCCAGGUCAAGGCUUUCGCUGGCUUGCCUCCUGAUAUCGAAGCAGCCCGGAUGGAGCUAGAGGCUCUUCGUGCCGAACUUCGUGAUGUAACUGACCAGAGAGACACGAAUUUCGAGAAGUUAGUAGAACGCGAGAGCCCUGUUAAGACCAGGAGGAGACUCUAGUGAAGCUCAUAUCAUAGACGCCAUUAAUGAAG